CAAUUAAUCUCGUGAACUGUGGCGUUAACGAAACUGAAAAUACAACGAAGUGUCUUGUGUUCGCCGCGGUUAUGUUCGCGACGAGAUCCGACUGAUAGAUGUAAAAAAAAUCUUUUUUUUUCCCUCUCAAUCGCAGCGAUCGCAACGAGUCGUCGUCGCCGUCGUCGUCAUCGUCGUCGUGCUCGUCGCGAUCAUAAAAAUCCCUCUUCUGGCUACGCCAACGCUUGUUUCCGAGAGUGCGAAUACCCGGGACGGUGCGAAAUAUGCGAAUACGUUCGACUCGGUAAUAUUUCGGCCGCGAAAUAUGUCAGCGGACACGACGGAUCCGGACGGGAUUGUCGAGACGGAACAUACCCACGAUGGCUACCUCGUCGACGAGGUCGACCACUCGACGAUCGACCUGUCGGACUUAUCUCUCGACAAUAACGACGAUUGGUUGUAUAUGCCUUCGCAAUGCUCAACCGAAUCUGCAAUCCAUGAUCUAUACACCUGGUUGAAAACAGAACCAGAAUUGGAUGUACAAAGUAACAAAAAAUACAUUGAUACAAGAACAUUUACAAGACCUAAAAAACGAUCGGUUCGAAUGAGUUUUGAGUCAAUUUUUGAAGGAUUACCACCUUCUCCCACGACAAAUACAUCAAAGAUACAAAAUGCAGAUGUUACGCACACAGAAAAUAUGGAAAAAUAUUUACCUCCAACAAUGGUAGACAAAGAAUCUGUGCCACCAAUGUUAAAGUCAUCUGCCAAGACAGCUGUAAAUAUUUUAUCCAAUGACAACUUUUCAGUAAUAUCAGGCCAAGAAAGCAUGGAAGCAUUUUUGAACAUGUCGCAAUCUAAAGGAAUUGAUUCGUUCAUAAAUUUAGGCGAACCCGAAUUUAAUGAUCCAUUAAUGAACGUCUCACAGCCUUCUAUGUUGUAUACAUCUAUUAUUUCACCUAUAAACGAUUCUACAUUUGUGGAAAAUGACACAAUAUCCAUAACAAAUAAAAAUGCAACUCAAAAUGUUAUAAAAGAAGAGUCAGACUUCAAUAGUAUGAAUGAAACAUUUAUAAUGCAAAGUACCGACAAUACGAUUACACUGGAUAAUAUGUAUUGCACAAAUACUUUAAAUAAAAUCCCCAAACAGUCUGUUGAACUGGAUAAAGGAUUAAACGAAACAUAUGACACUGAAGCUAUCGAAACGUUAGCAUUACAAUCAAAUCUCAACAAAGAAGAAAUAGCCACUUUGUCUUCCACUUUUGUAACCGAGCCUAAUCGAGCUGAUGCUACUUUCGUACAAUUAUCGAACGAAGUGAAUAAUAUUGAGCCAUUAGAUACUACGUAUUUAUCUUCGGUGAAAAACGCCGAUAAGAAAAAUUCGCCUGUUUCGAUUGAGAAUGAUAUAUACAAGUCUACCGUACAACAUGCGGAUUGGAAUGUAACGUGUGAUAUUCCAUCAACCGAAUCCGCAACAAACAUCUUAGAUAUAUCAUUCAAGGUGCCUACUCAUAAUCAAUCCACUCCGAUGAAUCCAAAUAUGUUGAAUCCAAUAUCGAAAUUCGCUGUGAAGCAUCUCGAUCAACCGCGACAAGCUAUGUAUUCCACGUUAAAAGCUCCCACAUCGUUAAGACGAGAGUUGCUGGCAGAGAUUCAACGAAGUGGCGAACGCAAAUGGGAUUCUACAUAUAACCAUAUCCCUGGUGAUCAUCUCGAUUCAAGAGACGCAAAGGAGAAUAUUCGUAAAGUUUGUAAUGAGGACGAGACUGACAAUCUUCCAUUAAACAGAUAUCAGACAUAUAAAAAGUCGGUGUUGACAAACCAGUAUAGAAGUCAGAAAGAAAUCGCUCAAAAAGAAUUAUCAACAGACCAACGUAAAUUUUAUACUUUUACAAAGAAGAGCAACAAUAAUCCUGUCGAAAAGACUGAUGCUAUUGCUAGAGAAAAUGCUAAAAUACAGAAUCCAGAUAUGGAUGGUACGUUCUGCAAACCUUUGCCGCCAAAAGCGCAACAAAAACAAACCGUACCGAGAAUGCUGUCAAAAUUACCAAAGUUCUUACAAAAAUCCAAUCCCAAUCUUGUGUCGAAUUCGCUGAAAGCUGCCAGCGGCGCAUCUACUGGCUAUGCGAGCAUAUCCAGCGUGGGAUACAUCAAAGGCUCGCAACCCAAUAUUGUGCAAAGAGACAUCACGGAGAGAUCACAGUUAGCGAACAACAAGUUGUAUUUAUACAAAUUGAAGAGCGGUUCCGAGCAACGGUUGCUCGAGCAGGUUAAUGCGAAUACGAAUAUUCAGUUUCCGAUAAAAAGUGCGAUAACUGCCGGCUCGACGGAGAGCAUAGAAAGCACUCAGAGUACCCACAGUGUUCCUGACAUGGAUGAUAGACUCAGUACGUGUUCCGAUAGCAGCAGUCACAAUUCGUGCAACAGACGCACAAUGAAUAUUGAGCAGUUGCAUCAAUUAGUACGAAUGCAGGAAGAGAGUUUACAACAGGAUUCAGCACCUAAACCACAUAUACGAGUUUUAGAGAACACUUGGGUCGAAGCAAAGACGGAUUUGCCUUCCCCGAUUUUGAAAAAUGGCAUAGAAUAUGAUGAAAUUGAUAAACAUUCACAAAAUAUUGAUUUAAGGAUGAAAUGUAGUUCUCCAUUCAGUCCUACUGGGUCUAGUCAUGCAUUAAACAACGACGGAAAUCCUGAAGGCAAUAUAACAAAAACCAAGGAUGAAGUUGCGAUAGUUGAAAAGACAAAGGAUCCAAAUCAAGUAGUGCCUAAAAUUGAGAAUAAGACUCGAUUAAGACAGCCGACCAAUUGGAAUGCCGGAAGCAAGCCGGCUGCUGUGAUAAGUGGAAUUCCUAGACCUGCGUCGCGUAUACCAGCUCUCAGAUUUAUUCGACCAAACGCGAAAACUGCUCAAACCGAUCUGAAAAAAGGAUACACAUGAAAUUUUGAACGGUAAACAAAACAAAACAGGCAAAAAACAUUUAAAAAAAGGAUCUUUAUUCGAAUAUAUAAUUUAAUAUCGCGUGGCUAUUAGAAUAAUGAGAAUAUUUUUAAUUCUAUUAUAUAGAAGUUUCUCAGAGCUGAGAUGAAAAGUCAGUAUUACUGAGCUUCCAAAUCGAACAAUGAGAAAAGAUAAUAAUGUUUUAUGUUAUGCAUAUUUAUUUGUUUGUAUUGCAUUUGUAAAAUUAGUAGUGUGAAAUUUUGUGAAAUCAUUAUUUCUAUUUAAUGCAUUAUAUGUGCAAUUAUAUGUGCAUCUUUUGUCACGAUUUAAAGCAUUCAAAGCAUCAUUUUCUUGCUGAUGCACAUUGAAAAUAUUUUAUUUUGUACUACAACCUUGUAUACAAACUUGUAAAAUAUUUCAAAAAAGAAGUUUUUUGUCCUUAUAUUAAUAAGUAGUAAAAAAAAGUCGAAUCUCUUUUGGAAAAAAAAUCAUCAAAGAGUCGUAAAUUUUAUAAUUGCCAAAACUAAGCUUAUAUCGUUUGUAAUUUCUAUAGGAUGUAGAAAUUUAAAUUUCUAUUUGGUACUUUAUACAAAAAACUGAAAAAAGCAUUGCUUUUAUACAAUGGUCAGUACAAGCAACCGAUCUGGAAAAUUCUUGUAUAUAAGAAUAAUAUAAAUAAUAUAUAACAUUAGAGAUUAUUUAAGUUAUCUUUUGUUAAUAAAUAAUAAAUCGGCCGCAAGUUAUAAAAAAAUCUAUUCGAAGAAAAGAAAGACUGCAUACGUAUCAUAUUUAUAGAAAUAAUUCAGUCUUCAGCCCUUGUCUCCGUCCCGCUUGACAGGGUGUCUUUCUUUUAAAUAAAUUCGUAAUAAUCCGUUUUUGUCAAAUCAUCUGAAACAUAUCGUAUAUUUACAUCGUACAAAGAAUCUAUAAAUAUAUAAAGAAAUUAAAAGUUGAUAUAUAACGAUAUAUAAAAAAAUUGUUCGAUUCAUGCGUUCAUAUCAUCAUCGUCCAGAAGAAAUCUGAACAAAUCGACCAUUAGAACAUUGGCGACAAUAUGAGUUCGAUGAUUUUGAGCAGAAAAA